UUGAUUGAUGCUAUGAAGUUUGUGUUUGUUUGCAUCUAACCUAAAAAUAAUAGUUUGUAUAUUACUGCUUGAAACUCACUAUUUAGCUAAAAAUCAUGCCCAAAGUGCGUCGUAGCCGUAAACCUCCACCAGAAGGCUGGGAAUUGAUAGAGCCAACACUUGAAGAAUUGGAGCAGAAGAUGCGCGAAGCUGAGACUGAGCCGCAUGAAGGGAAGAGGAAACAGGAAUCGUUGUGGCCGAUAUUCAAAAUACACCAUCAAAAAUCCCGUUACAUCUACGAUUUGUUCUACCGAAGGAAAGCUAUUAGUCGUGAGUUGUACCAGUUCUGCUUAGAUGAGAAGAUAGCUGAUGGAAACCUCAUAGCUAAAUGGAAGAAGACUGGAUAUGAGAAUCUGUGCUGUCUUCGGUGUAUACAGACGAGAGAUACUAACUUUGCUACUAAUUGCAUUUGCAGAGUGCCUAAAAGUAAACUGGAAGAGGGUAGGAUUGUUGAAUGUGUGCAUUGCGGUUGUAGAGGAUGCUCAGGCUAGUUCCUUAACACUUAGAUAAUAAUUAAUUUAAAUAACUUCAUUCAUUGAUAUUCAGGAAGAAAGCAAAAUAUAUUUCUAUUUCCAGUAAGGUCAAUUAAUUGUUGAAAUUUAAGCUUCACCUUUUACAAGAAUCAUUCAUACAUUGCAAAUCUUCACAUUGUUACAUUUAAAUUAAAAUUAUGGUGGUUUGAUACUUUAAAUGCCUCCCUCCCAUUAUUUUGAUCUUGAUAGGUGUAAUAAACUUAAAUAUACCUGUAUGUAGAUCAUAGUGAUUAUUAUAAUAAAAUUACUGAGACUCCA